AUGCAAGACAACUCGAGAACAAUGACAGAAAGGAUUGGAAUUCACUACCUAUUCGAAGAAAUCGGAAUCACAGGCUUGCGGCACUUGAAGGCUCGGAACUUGAGCGCCAGAUCAACCUGGUCGGGAAUACUUGUCCUAUUCACCGCGUUAACUUUGUACCAAAUUUACGAGCAGAUCGAUGAAUUUCUCGGAUUUCCAACAGUUACCAAUAUUGAAGCCGAAUACCCAUCGGAGAUUUUGUUUCCGGCUAUCGCUGUUUGUCCAAAUAAUCAAUAUCGAAUCUCGUACCUGGCGUCAAAAGAGGUACUGAAACGGGUACCGCCCGAUAACCGAACGAUUGGGGCGAAUUGGGCGUUUUUCAUCAAGACCAUCAACAGAAUGUGGGACGUACCUGCUGAAGAAUUUUUGCGAGAAGAAAAAUGCCUGGUAGUGGUUGCCACCAAGAAACUGACGCCACAGCAGCUCCAAUUGGAGAUUACCAGGACGAGCGGAAUAUACACCCGCUCGAACCUGACGCAAUGCGACGUCGAAAUGUAUUUCAGCUGCGCGCAAUUUAUCCAAAAAAGCAUGAAGUCGCAUGCUGGAAUUCUGAAGACGAGUUGCCUGCCCGCAUGUGAAUCAAAGGAAUUUAUCACUCAGCAAGUGGGUGAAAGUCAAAAUAUUCUCCGCUUU